UGCACACCUUCCACUGGGGAUGUGCCUGCGACCAAGAUGUCCUAAACGAUGCUAUAUUUGAUGAAGAUCACGAUGAGAUGGUGAUUGUGAAGGACAUAGAUAUGUUUUCCAUGUGUGAACAUCAUCUAGUUCCAUUUAUUGGAAAGGUCCACAUCGGUUACCUUCCCAACAAGCAAGUCCUUGGCCUCAGCAAACUUGCAAGGAUUGUAGAAAUCUAUAGUAGAAGAUUACAAGUUCAAGAGCGCCUUACGAAACAGAUUGCCGUAGCAAUCACAGAAGCCUUGCGGCCUGCGGGAGUCGGGGUCGUGGUUGAAGCAACACACAUGUGCAUGGUAAUGCGAGGAGUACAGAAAAUGAACAGCAAGACUGUGACCAGCACGAUGUUGGGUGUGUUCCGGGAAGAUCCCAAGACGCGGGAAGAGUUCCUCACCCUCAUCAGGAGCUGCUGAGCGUU